AUGGAUGAAUCUUUCUCUGAGGAACAAGACAUUCUGUGCAGCAUAUUUUCCCCAGUACUUUGCUUCCUCUCACCUGAUGUCAGUGGCUCAGGUGAGUGCACCCUUAACAUAUGGAUUAUAUUGACAUAGGAUUGCUGGUACGUACAUGUAUAGCCUACUAUUUCUGUUUCUGGUUAUGUCAUUUAAUAAUGCCAAAAGAAUAUGCAGGAUGUCUAUGUUGUUUUAGGUUGUUUUAUUGGAAAAUGUAUUCUUCAGGUAUACAGUACAAUCUGGUUUACUAAACAAAAGAAAGUUUCAGUUUUAAAAAAGAUCUUCAUCAUUGUAGUCACACUAUAAUUGUGCCACUUUAGAAGAGAUUGCUGCUGUGCUGUUUAUGAAGUUUGACUUUGCAUAACUGUUAAACUAAUCUGAAAAAGUAUUAUUCUAAAUAUGAAAUCUUGACCUGGUUGCAAAUAUGAAAGAUGAUAAUAACCAGCUAGACUGUUUUUUCCUUAAUGCACUGCAAUCGGGGUAAAUCGCAAGAUAUGUACUUUGGCUCCUGAGGUCUCGCAUUGUCCUCUAUAGACAUAAGUGUUGUACUCUUGCACAUGUAUGACAAUACACAGUAAUUGAUGUGGGUUCCUGGAGACUGUGGACAGAGUGUGUUUGAUUAAAUAGCCUGGUACAUGUCAAUAAUAGCAGGUAUAGGGAACAUAGACUGCCUGAGGCCCUGGUGCAUGGGCUGAUAUGAAUCAGAGUACUGUGGCAGAGACUAAUUCCAGAGACCAUGGCAGGCAUAUUUCUGAAUGAUUUUGUUCAUGCACAGUAGGCCCCGAAUGCUUAUAUAUGGGGAAGGUUUGGUUGGCUGAGAUUAUCAGUAAUGGGGAGGAGCGGCGGCUGCGUCAAGACCGGCAUGAGUGGGAAUAAAAGGUGAGCAAAACUGCUUUAAUUAAAUGGUUAGAAGGGCCUUACAUAGACAUAGUUUGUAAACUCCUCUGAUGCCAGAGCUACGUUUGUAUUUCUAACAUUACAGGUCUCCUUUAAAAACUUAGUAUGAGUCAGAUUAAUUAUGACAAGAUUAAUUAUGACAAAAACUGCACCUCACUUUUCUGCAUUCUGUAACAUUUAUCUCAUGUUUCAGUUUUAUUACAAACUUCUAAAAUAUUGUCAAAAAUAAUAAUUAUAUCAAAUGUGUUAACCAGGAAGUAUACAUUUAGUUUUCGCUAUUUCUAAGUAAGUACCAAGGCCAUGAUUUCAUUAUUAUUAGAAGGACAGGUAGAGAGGUCUGAUGAUAUGUAACUGGUGAUGAAUAUGAAAUAAAGUGGCAAUAAGGAUUGAGAUCAAAUAAACUGGACUGUGAGGGACUGGUGAAAGAUUAAACAACAUUUUCCUGCAAUAAUAAGGUGACUGAUAUUUUAAAGAAUACUCCAUGUGUCAUAACUACUACAGCUAUUUGUAGUGGUGAUGGUGCCAGGAGUACAAUGUGGCCAUCCCAUAGUAAGUAAUAAAAUAAUAUGAUUAUCUACAAGUCUGCCAUGCAGCCACCACCAUCUCCUGCAAGAAGCUUCCAUACUCGUAAAUUUUUUACGUAAAAUUUUUAAUUAUGUUUUUAGAAAUAUUUAUUCUUAAAUUGUUCCAAUUUUAACAAACUUUCUCCAGUUUAAAGUCUUGCAUCUAUUUCAUUUUUCUUUUAUAUUUUUAUAUCUAAGAUACAUAAUGCUUAAUUAGUUUUUGAUGUACAACCUUCUAACUACUCUUUAUGUUAACCUUUCAGAUUGUAGCAGCUCCUCAUCUAGUAGCGGAGGCAGCAGUUCUUAUAUUGUCGAACAGCCAUAUUUUAUCUCCCUCCGUGAAGAAGACCCAGAAGAAGAAUUUAAGUUGUGAGUGUCACUAUCCCACCCAUGGGAUUCUUUAAGGUCUAGCAUAAGAUACAAGUAAUCCACACAAACAAAAGAGACUGCACUGUUAUGUGAUGAUUCAGGUGCUCCAGACCUAGGCCUGGCAAAACCAGGUAUAUCAGUCAUAGAACAAGUAUGGUCCAUGCACUCCAGAUCAAUGUCAACCAGUUUUACUGGAACAAGAAGUACAGCGUUUCGGCCUGCACAGAGGCCUUUGUCAAGCUUGUCAAAGGCCUCUGUGCAGGCUGAAACAUUGCACUUCUUCAUGUUCAUUCUAGCCCAUUCAAAAACCUUCAGAUCUUAAACAGGAUUCUGCAAGUUCCAAGCACUAUCUGACUGUGGUGAAUGAUAUAAUGCUUUUGCUUCUCAUGGUAACUUCUUCAUAAAAUGGUACUCUUUGCAGUGUCUUACCAUUGGUGCUUACAAAUGUCCUUUCACAAGCGAUAGAAUGUGAUCAUUUGCUACAUAUUGCGGUCAUCUACCAGUCUCAUGGCCACCCUGGCUCCUUCCUGGAACACUUCUCUGCCUUGCUCCUUCAGUUCUGUCCUCUGAUAUUCCAUCCUUUAUCCUUGAAGAUUUAACAUUUCUUUAGAUUCAUCAACUACCUCUGAAGCCUUUAAAUUCCUCUCUAUGACUGCCUAUCUAGGUCUAAUUAUUCUCAAACUUUUGUUCACCUUUUCCUCUCUCUGAUCACCACCUACUAUGCUGCAGUCUUAUCUUGCACCUCCCCAAGCUCCCUCAAUUACCACACCUAGACUCACCUGAAAUCUCUUGAUCUGCAGCAGCUUUCUAUUGACAUUUAACCAGUCCUCUCACCAAUCUCUACUACCACAUGCCUUUCUAUUGCAAAUACCCUCUAUAACUCGACCCUUUCAAGUACCAUAUAUCUAUAUAGUUUGUGGUCAUGGCACAAAUGCCAUAUCAAUAGCCGAUAGUAUGUAGACCUAUGCGAAAGUAACAUGGUUAUAUGUGAAAUUCUGUGGUGUGCCGAAAUCGAUGUAUCGGCGGGCCUGUAAAUAAAGUGGGCCCACCUAGAAAGGAAUAAUGUAUAAUUGUAUUCGGGGCCAUCUCAGUAUAGUAUGAAAUAGCUAGUGAAUAUACUUAUUAUAAUCAUUAAAGGACCACUAUAGUGCCAGGAAAACACCCUCAGGGACCCCCUCCCGCCGGGCUCUGGAGAGAGGAAGGGGUUAAACACUUACCUUUCUCCAACGCCGGGCGGGGAGCUGUACUCCUCCUCUCCUCCUUGCUCGCGACGUCAUCGGCUGAAUGCGCAUGCGCGGCAGGAGCCGCACGCGCAUUCAGCCGGUCGCAUAGGAAAGCAUUUACAAUGCUUUCCUAUGGACGCUUGCGUGCUCUCACUGUGAUUUUCACAGUGAGAAGCACGCAAGCGCCUCUAGCGGCUGUCAAUGAGACAGGCUCUGGAGGCUGGAUUAACCCUCAGUAUAAACAUAGCAGUUUCUCUGAAACUGCUAUGUUUAUAAAAAAAGGGUUAAUCCUAGAGGGACCAGGCACCCAGACCACUUCAUUAAGCUGAAGUGGUCUGGGUGCCUAGAGUGGUCCUUUAAAAGUCGGUAGAGGUGUGCCGAAACAGAUGUGUGUGGUAGGCCUGUAGAUAAGAGGGCAAAAAGGAAUACCCAUAUAGAGUUAUCAAUGAUAUUUAUUUAUGAAACCACAAGACAUGAAGUUAGCAUAUUUACGAUGACAUUUUCACCAACGUUAAUUCUUGUGUUGGCUGUGGUAUGUAAACAGCGUAAGCAGACUGUGACAGACCCAUCUGUAUGGACUAAAAGUACUGUGUUCGUCUGUUUUGCCGUUUGCAUGAAUCUCCCCGUUCGUAUGCUUUGUUUAAGGGAAUGUCUUUUUUUUUUGUCGAACGGAACUACCGAACGUACGGCCACCCAGAAGAGAAGUGUGCUGCUGGUUAACCUAUUGAUCCCAAUUAGAACGUUGCGGUUAACCACAGACACUUCUCAAUUAAAACCGAAUACAGGGUGGUCGUCGUUCGUAUGUCGACCACGAGGCGGCGGCCAUUUUAACUAUGCGAAAGCCCAGCGGUGUUUGACGGUUAUUGCAUGGAACUAAAAAUGGACACUUUUUCAACCGAACACCACUGAAGCCGUCGACCUCCCCUUCUCAAUCGACAAAAGCAUACGAAUACCGGCCGUUCUGGAGAUUUUAUAACACGAAUGGACUUAACCCAGAUAGCCUUCCCAUGGAGUCAAUCGCAUACCGAAGAACUGUAAUAGACUUUGACUCCAUGGCGAUUGAACUAUGCGUAUGGGAUAUGAGCGCUAUUCACCAAUAAUAUGCACUCAGAUCCAGGCUAUCUGGGGAUGUGUUACACGAAUGCAAUAUGUUCGGUAGUUAUAAAGUUAUAUAUUUUUAUGUGUUUUGUGACUUGUAUUUAAAAUGGCGAUUUGCCUCUGCUCUGGGAGAUAAUUAAGUUACUUCCCAAUUAUCUCCCGAGCAGAGGGGAGGAAACUGUGAUGCAUGCUGGGAAUAUUAGGGGGAUGUAUGUCCAGAAUGUCCCCAUGUCCUUCUGUCAUUUCAGUCUCCCAUUUGGUCCCCUAGGGGAGUGUCCACCAAGUGGGAGACCUGAAUAAAUACGGGCAGGUAGCCCCCAGUAAACUCAGUUCGUGUUUUACCCUCAAAGCGGAGCUUGGUCUCGUUAUUGGGGGGAUUUUAUUACCGGUGCCUAGAGACUGCUUAUUGGAAUUAUUUGCCGCUUGGAAACUAUUGCCGUUCGGCUGCUAUUGGCGAUUCGCGUAUUUGGAGCUUGAGAAGGGAAAAGGCCGUACAGGUACCGUUCGGGAGUUUGGAGUGUUCCCUGGCUGGUGGUUCGCAUGGUUUCACUACAUACGCUACCAGACCACAGUAUUGCGAAUGGGGAACAUUCACUAAACGGCGGUUUGUGCAUUUAAUUACUGGAGGUACCGUAACACAGACGACUUCCAGCGGCCUAAGGUUUUAAUGAUGUGAACCGGGAUGUCUAGGCCCGAGGCCGUGGAAGCUGCCCCUAUCCGGAAUGAAUGCCCAGAAUAGUUUGCAGCGUUUAAGCCGAGCCUGGUCAAUAGCAAGCGAAUAUACAUCACAAACUUGGCGGUAGUGAGUGCUGUACCGUGCAGUGAAAGGAGAGGGAGUGAGGCUUGUAUAGGUGAAGACUGUAGAUAUUUAUUAAAAACUUCCACCGGGCACCAUGCGUUGUUGGUGGGGUAGUAUUGAAUAAGAACCUCGUGACCCAUCUGGCUGGUCUUAGUCGAUGUAAGCUUAAUAUGUAGUGGUACUGUUUCCUGUACAGGUUAGACUACCGGAGGCAAUGCUUGCACUCGUGUUGCCUAUUAAUGGUAAAUUCUCUGGGUCGUAAGAAACCAUAAAAAGCCACAUAUAUGGCAGUUUCAAGAGUGGUGUUAGUAGGGGGUUCGAAUGGUAUGGUAUCUAGUAGGUUUGACAAACGUUUAAACAGUUGUAAGUCUAUAGGCCACCUACGUUGCGGUGUAGGUCCCUGCGAUUUGAGCAUAGCCUAAGGAGGGUUUUAAUGGGAUAGGAGGUGAGAAACCCUUGGUUGUUAAGAUGUUCUGUGAACAUAUGAUGUUGGAUACCCGUGAGGUAUAGUUUAGUGGUAUUAUGCAACAUUUUUAAUUUGAUGUGGCAGAACGUGGCAAAAGCCACCAAAGUUAUAUUGUCAAACCAAUUCGUGAGAUGAUGGACUGCCAUGAAUUUCUUGUAUAGGUAGUAAGCUCUGUCGUAUGCGCUGUGUGUGUUUUUAGCUAGAGCGAGUUUUGUAAGUAUCUUGCCUUGUUGUAAUAAUUCCUCUAGUCCAUGAUUAGAUCCUGGAGUUGGGGGGCGGUCGUGGCUACCGGUGACGCUGUUGAUAGAGACUCCCUGAACGCCUGGAACCUAAAGCGGGACAGAGUGCAGAAUUCCUAAAAAAAAGCCUUCUAUUUGCUUAACUUCUUCCAGCCAUCUACCCCAUAGCCAGUUGUCCCCAAAAACUGCUGCAAAACCUGUGGAGCCUGCUACGUCAGUCUAAAUGGUAGGGGAAUCCUAUAGUCCAAAUGGCAUCCUCUGUGACUUGGGGGAGGAACAUGCUCCUGCCAUUCCAGUUUGACAGGAACACAUUCCUCAUGUGUAAGUGUGCUGUGGCUUGCAUAUCAAGAGUGGUACGUUUGUAUUCGUCAGUUAGUGUCGGAAGAAGGCACAGGAGUCUGGAAAUGAAAGCUCUUCCUUGGGGUAUAAUACAGAUGGCAAAAUUUAGCGAGCCAACCAACGACUGAAACUCUUUCCUAUUGCUUGAGCCUAUGCACAAAUACUGCUGAAUGGUCUGAGUGAUGUUGUCAAUCUUGUCUCUAGGGAGGCUGGCUUCCAUAUUUAUGGAAUCCAGUUGUAUCCCCAAAAACAGAAUGAUCGUAAUUGGACCUUCCGUCUAGGUGGGACAUACUGGAACCCCAAUGGUGUUAAAUAAGUGUAUGGCUUUGUGCAAAUGCCACAGCGACGGGUGUAUGGGGAGUAGUUUAAAGGCGUUAACUAUGUCGGUUUUGCUCAACCAUGCGCCUAUGCCUGCUGAGAUGAUGGUAGAUAUGGCGUCAUUUAUGGUGGUGUAUUGUAAAGAGAAUGCCUCUGACGGGAUCAGGGAAUUGAGACUGUGUAUCACCAAAGCAUGUCUAUAAUGAGUCUUUGUUUGUUAGAUGUUUUCCCAGUGACUAGUCCAAUGGGAUUUGUUCUCCAAUUAGAAAAAGGCAGGUCAAUAAAUGGACCUAAGACAAAUCCUUGGUCUUGUUCUAUUUGUAGUAGGUAGUCUACUGCGUCUGUGUCACAAAGGGCGGACUGGAGGUUGUUGGCUUCCCAUGUAUCCCCUGGUAUGUAAAUGAUGCCAGUAUGAAACCCUUGGGAAAACCCUGCAAUCAAAUACUCCACAAGAUGUGUAGAAGGGUGCUUGGAGAGAAGCCCUGCCAGGACAUCAACAUUCACAGUAGUUAGUUAGGGUUUAACAUGCAUUUUAUUAGGGCACAUAGCCUUUGCGUGUGCCCUGAAACAAUUGGAGCAGAUAUGUAACAGACGGCAAGCACUAUAGGAGCAAGCCCCAACAGUAAAAUUAUUACAUAUCUGGGACUUGCCCAAAUACACGAUGGGCGACCCAGCUUGUCUCUGCCCUGUUUCUCCCCCCUGGAAGUGCUUGGUGUGGCAUUGUUUGGGGUAUAAUCCAUUGAGACAGGACAGAGAUUUGCCCAGGUCUACCAGCUUGUGCAUGUAUAGGUCUAAUUCUUCCCUUCUCUGUGGGUAAACUGAGCACAGUACGUCCCUGUAAAUGCCGAAUGCAAUAACGAAAUCUGAGAUUGCUAGUUUUUUGCUCAGUCUAGGAUCUCUGGCCUUGAAGACGACAAAAAUAUCGCCAUACAUAUAUGCACGGUUUUCUGUGAUAUCCUGGGAGGCAAUAAGCAGAGAUACUAAAUUAACAUCCUUGCCCUCCAGGAUAUCCUUUUUAAGGUUUGUUGGUACCAUAUGGGCUGGGUUGAUCACUUGCGACCCAAGGAUUUUGGGGGUAUUAUGAUUACCGGGUUGGGCUUGUGAUGGUCCUGGGAUAUUGGUAGUGGGUGGCUCUGAUGUCACAACUGGACUGCUAUGAGCUUCCAGUCUUUCCAGUCUCUCAUUGAUUUGCCCCAUGGAAGACACUAGAGAGCAGGGCCAGACUGGCCCACCGGGAUACCGGGAAAUUUCCCGGUGGGCCGUCGGCUCCUGGGGCCGAGCAGACACCUGGGUCUGCUGGCGGCCGCUGGGGAGGUCUUCUGGCGGCCGCUGGGGUACUUGUCCUGGCGGCCGCUGGGGGAGCUGCGCUGGCUCUGCUCCCCAGCGCGCAACUGAAUGAGACCGGCGCCGGAAUAUGAUGUCAUAUUCCGGCGCCGGUCUCAUUCAGCAGCGCGCAAGGGCGGGAGAGCACAGACAGCGCAGCUCCCCCCAGCGGCCGCCAGGACAAGUCCCCCAGCGGCCGCCAGGACAAGUCCCCCAGCGGCUGCCAGAAGACCUCCCCAGCGGCCGCCAGAAGACCUCCCCCUGGUGUCAGGUACUAGUAAUGUGUCUGUCUGUGUUAUGGUGUCUGUCUGUCUGUAUGGUGUGUGUGUCUGUCUGUCCGUGUCAUGGUGUCUGUCUGUAUGUAUGGUGUGUGUGUGUGUCUGUCCGUGUCAUGGUGUCUGUCUGUAUGUAUGUAUGUGUCAUUGUGUGUGUGUCUGUCUGUCUGUGUCAUAGUGUCUGUCUGUAUGGUGUGUGUCUGUCUGUCUGUCAUGGGGUGUGUGUGUGUCUGUCUGUCCGUCAUGGGGUGUGUAUGUGUCUGUCUGUCCGUCAUGGGGUGUGUAUGUGUCUGUCUGUCCAUCAUGGGGUGUGUGUGUUUCUGUGUGUGUGUGUGUCUGUCAUGGGUGUGUGUGUCUGUCCUGUCAUGGGGUGUGUGUGUGUCUGUCUGUCAUGGGGUGUGUGUGUGUGUCUGUCUGUCCGUCAUGGGGUGUGUGUCAUGUGUGUCUGUCCGUCAUGGGGUGUGUGUGUGUGUCUGUCCGUCAUUGGUUGUGUGUGUCUGUCUGUCCGUCAUUGGUUGUGUGUGUCUGUCUGUCCGUCAUGGGGUGUGUGUGUCUGUCUGUCCGUCAUGGGGUGUUUGUGUCUGUCUGUCAGUCAUGGGGUGUGUGUGUCUGUCUGUUCGUCAUUGGUUGUGUGUGUCUGUCUGUGUCUGUCAUGGGGUGUGUAUCUGUCAUGGUAUAUGUGUGUUUCUGUGCCUGUCAUGGUGUAAAUGUGUGUUUAAAAAUAGUGUUUUUGUUCACCUUUUUUCUUUUAUCUUUCUUGUGAAUGGGCACAACAUUCGCUAACUUCCAAUCGUCUGGGACUACUCCUGUUAACAAUGAUUGGUUAAAUAAAUCUGUUAAUGGUUUUGCUAGUACACCACUAAGUUAUUUUAAUAACUUUGGGUGUAUUCCAUCAGGUCCCAUUGACUAAUUUGUCUUUACUUUUGACAGUUGAAAAACAACCUCUUCCUCUGUAAACUCACAUGUAACAAAUAACUCAUUUGUCCUUUUUCCUAAUUGACGCCCCUUUCCUUCAUUUUUAUCUAUAAAUACUGAACAAAAAAUAUUCAUUGAGGCAAUCAGCUAGACCUUUAUCUUCUUCUACAUACCUUCCUUCUUUUAUUUUUGAUCUAACUAAUCCUUGUUUUACUUUCCUUUUCUCAUUUAUGUAUCUAAAAAUUGUUUUGACCCCAUUUUUUACUGACUGUGCUAUUUUCUCUUCUAUGUGUGAUUUGGAAGCUCUUGCUCAGCCUCUUUCUGCCUAGUCUUAUAGAUCAUUCUAUCUUUCUCACGCUGGUGUUUUUAUAAUUACUAAAUGCUACCUUUUUGUUUUUUUACUAUUUUGGCCACAUCUGCAGAGUACCGCAGUGGUUUCUUGAAUUUUUGGCUUUUACUGACAAGCCUAAUGCAAUUUUCUGUUGCCUUUAGCAGUGCAACUUUUAAAUAAUACAUGCAAAAGGGAUAAAUCUGUUUAAUCCAAAUUCCAAAGCUGGGAUAAGAACACAGAGGUCAGUAUAGUGGUACCAGAUCCACCAAAUGGUCUUGAACCCCCCAAAAAUGUAAGUAGAAAGUGAAUGCACCCCAAUAAAGGGAGGGACUCACUGCUGGUUUUUAAUAAAAAAGGGGGAGUGUAAAAAAGAAAAAUGCAACAUAUAAUAACUAACUUAGAGCUAAGGUAAGUGGGGAAAGAAUAACAGAGUACUCAACUAUCUGUAUCCAAAGUAUCUAAAAAAAAUCAAUACUUUAUAUAAACAAUGCAAAAGUGAUACAUCUGGAAACGCUGCUGAGGAACCAAGAAGGAAGGGUUAUAUAUCUUUCACAAUCCCAUAAAUCCAGGUUUAAUGGCUAGAAAAUUGUAUCCAUACUCAAUAGGGGCUAUAAUCAGCUUUAAAUACUGCUAAGCACAAAUAAACUGGAUUGCUACAAGGGAAUAUUAACUAAGUAUACUUAUCAUGAAACAAGUCAGGGUGUGUAAAUGGAAAAAUAAAAAAAACUGCUCUUCACUGGGUUUGAAUAAGGCUUUCAAAGCCUAUGAAAUUUUGACCAAGAAUAAGAGCAUGGGGCAACUUAAGGGCAACUGUUGCCAAUGCUGUGUGUGUUUGGCCAAGAUAGCCUAUUUUUAUAGAGGUAGUAGGGUAUCAUACAGUACAGCAAUGCAUACCAUACAAAGUAUCUUAACUUUCUUUUCUGGCAUCCAUUGAGAAGGCUGUAUCAUUCUGCUUGUCACUAAGGUGAUAUCACUACCACAAGAGCUAAGGUUGCCUUCACAUUUAACAAAACAGUUUUAUCAUAUAUACAUGUUUCAGUCAGUUUCCUCACCAAACAGAUCAGUCUACAAAAGUCCUCAUUUACAGAAUUAUACCCACAUUCCAUGGGUUCUUGCAAAUGUGGACACACAGCCAUUAUCAGAGGCUGACCUUUUAAAACACUCUAGUGCAAGUAAAUUACAUUUAAAGGCUGAAUUUGAUGGACUUUGUUCAGCCUAUGUAACUAAGUAACCUGAAAAUAUUGCGGUGCUUAUAUCCAAUAUCUGGUGGCAGUGUUUGUAAGCCUGGAACCUAUUUCUCUUGUUACUUUCCAGACCGCAAUAUAGCAGCAAUUUUGUCAACAAACUAUGGGAGAAGCGACAUCGAUGGAUGGAUAUCCCUUUGAAGACUCGCAACUCACCAAAACAUACUCUUGUCCUGGAUCCGGUAAUAAAAUGUUAUGUGGCAAGGGAGCAACCCUGGUUAAGCUAUGCUCUAAGAAUAUUUACUAAAGGAGUUUACAAAAAUAUAUGAAAGCAAAAGUUUUGUUUAAAUACUUGCAUAACCAUAGGGCUUUUUGGAGUUGUUAUGGAUGCAGUAGUUUCCAGUCGCCAUCUUAUCUUCAAAGGUUAAAACUUUUCCAUCAGUUUAACCCUUAAGUUGGUCUCCCACUCCCAAUACCACUGCCUCUGCCUUCAUUUUUCUAGGUGCUGCCUGUAAUUAACUGCACAUUGAGAGAAGUUUUAUUUCUCUCAAUGGCUGACCAGGGAUAGGCAGUGAACAUUAGCUGAGGCUCUCAGCCUGUUAAUGGCUCCCAGGCAAAACCCUCCUCAUCAGCCCACAGAAGGAAGCAAUGGGUAAGUGGGACCAGGUGCAGGGUUAAGCUGUUCUCUCAAAGGAAAAAAAAAAAAACCUUCUUAUAGAAAUAAUAAAUGUGUGUGGAUUGUUGAUCCAAGGUAAAAUCUGUUGGUCAUUAUAUAGUAAAGAUUACUUUUUUUCCACGUUGUGGCAUAAUUGGCCAUCUUUUCAAAUUGUUUUUUUAAAUUUUGUUAUUUUUUUUGCCUUUGUUUUCAACUUUGAUUAUUUAAUUAAUUACAACACAGGGAGGGGGCUGCAAGGGCUGAGGAACACGUUAGUGUUAGGAAUGCAUCUUUGUAUUCCUAACAUUAAAGUGUUCUUUUAAGCUUGCUGAAGUGCUUUAUGGGUGAGGAGUGUGACGAAGUGCCCUACGCCACUUGUGCCUGGAGAGGACUGCUUGCCAGCCUCUUGCCCUGUGACUAUGGACCCUGGGAGAUUUGGCCCGUUCAAUUCAGUAUGAUAGGAGUUAUGUAUUUUUGUAUCCUUUUGUGUUUUACCUGGAACAUGUGCUCAAUGGAGUCUGCUUCUAUCCCUGGAUAAUUGGAUUACUUUCCCCAUUGUCUCCAGGCUAGAGGGCUCUGUAAAACCAGUUUGGGCCAGAUAGCCAUGCUGCCAGCCAGGCCCCAAAAGAUACUUUACUAACUUCUGAACCCCUGGUCUGAUUCAUGCCAUUUUUUGAUAUGUUGUUUCCCUGAAUGAAUUGAUUGGGAAUAUAUAUGUUUUUUUAAUGUGAAUGUGAUGUAUAUUUUAGAAGUUAUGAAUGCUGUAAAAACUGUAUUAUUUCUGGCCAGCAGAUAAUUGAGCUUUGUGUAUUGUAGAAACUCAAUUAUCUAGCCUGGCCCAGAGGAGGAGUUUUGUGUUGCAUAAAUUGUGAGUUCUGUGUGCCAGUAAAUCAGUCUUGUUCCAGCAUUAAGCCUUGGCUCAUGUUUGGGGGAUUGGAGAAAUACACUCUGGGGAUUGCUAUAAUCACUAUACUCCCCAGGGUAUGAUCACUAAGUUCUGCUAAGAGCUUGUUCCUGUUCCUGCUCUCUGGGGAAAGAGAGGUUCACCCACUGGAAGCUGGAUCCUGGCCUUGGGUCCAGGGUGGGUGGAGACAGCAGAGACCCCGGCGCAGUUGCAUCGCUGGAAGUGGGGUCUGCAGUGCUGAUGGUGUCGGUUGGAGUGCUUGGAGUCCUCAGCGAGCACUAGGAGCAUCGAUUGGCGGAGGUACUCAGUCGGAGUGCCAGCGUUCCGUCACAAGGAGUAUCCUAUUUUAAUUUCUAUGAGAAAUCUGUAAUUUUAUAAUUAAAUUAUGGAACAACCUCCUGACAUAAUCACGGUAGUUUAUUUCCUCUUUCCAUUAGCUCCCCUGUGCUCUUCUUGAGUGCUCCUGGCUCCUCCUCCUCAGAGCUCAGACCAGUGCCUUCAGCAACUCCAGCGCACUCACACAGAUUCAGAGGCUUCUCAAUUUAUUUCCUGUGAAGUGA